AUGAUAAAUAGGACAUCACAUCUUGUGCUGGUGAGGCUACUACUGUACCGGGAUCUUACCACAUCACCACGUUUACGGAAAUCUGUGUCAUCUGCAACCUCAUUCACGCCAAACUAUGCCUUUCAUAAUGAGUUUCCAGACGCUUUUGGAAAGGAUGUUGUUUCAAAGAGUAUAUCCAAUGAUGAGCUGCAGAUAAUCAAGAUAUCUCAAAUCAUUCAACACCCUGAUACAGCAACAACAACAACAACAACAACAACAACAACAACAACAACAACUCCUAUAUCCAAGCGCAAGCUUCCCAAACCAAGGAAUAUCAUAAGUAUAGCCGAUUACUUUUCAGGCAACUCACAUCAUUUACACCAUGUGUUUUAUUCAAAUCUAAUACACGCCAAAACCAAAAAAGCAGCUAAGGUUGAGAACAAAAAGUUUGUCGAUUUGAAGAUUAUGAAGUUGACAAGUGGGUCUGGAGGUAAUGGGGCAGUUUCAUUUUUCCGCGAUAAUUUAACCACAGCGGGACCUCCCGAUGGGGGUGACGGUGGUAAUGGCGGUAAUAUCUACAUUAAUGUUGUGGAUCGUAACUUGAACUCGCUACAUUAUUUGCAAAAGAGGUAUGUUGCCAAACUGGGUUCCCCCGGUAAAGGGGGCCAAUUGGAUGGUAAGAAUGGAGAGGAUGUGAUUAUUGAUAUACCAUUGGGAACUGUUAUUCGGUGGAUUCCUGAUCCAACAGUUUUCAAAAAACAUGUAUCUAAAAAGGAAGGUGAUUCUUUGGAUGAUGUGUAUAUGGAACUUGAAUUGGAUAUGGAUUAUGACAAGAACAAUAUUCAAUUGAGUCGUCAAGGGUACAAGCCAGGUGAAGGGUGGAUUUUUAAAGAGCAUGAUGAAGAAUAUUACCAACUGAGAGAUUUCUUUCAAGAGUUGAAUGACAAAGUGACCAAGUACGAUGAAGAGAUUGAAUUUGAGGAGCUGCAACAAGAUCAGUUUCCUAUACUAGGCAUGGAUUGUGACAGAGUCACAAGUAAACCCUUGUUGCUUUUGCAUGGGGGGAAAGGUGGGUUAGGAAAUAUGCAUUUCUUAACUGCAAACGUUCGUAAUCCUAGGUUUUGCAAAAUUGGCCGACCAGGAAUAACAGCUCAUUUCUUGCUUGAGUUGAAAUUAAUUGCCGACUUGGGUCUAGUUGGAUUGCCCAAUGCUGGAAAGUCAAGUUUAUUACGUGCUAUAUCGAGAGCCAAGCCGAGGGUGGGGCAUUGGGAGUUUACAACGUUACAACCAACUAUAGGUACGAUACAGCAUCGUAUUGACUCUGAUCCUUUUACUGUGGCAGAUAUCCCUGGUAUUAUUAAAGGUGCAUCGGAAAAUAAAGGCAUGGGAUUGGAUUUCCUUCGUCAUAUUGAGCGAUCACGUGGGUUGGUUUUCGUUGUAUCUUUGGAGUCAGAUGAUCCAGUUGCCGACUUGCAAAUAUUGAUUGAUGAGGUUGGUGAAGAGCGGAUGAAGGAUAAAAAGGUUUUGGUUGUGGCUACUAAAGCUGAUUUGAGUACUGAGGGUGAAAAUUAUCAGUCAUUGAAGCAAGUUUUGGAUACAAAGCAUAAUGGUUGGAAAAUUGUGCCGGUUUGUGCGCCCAGGGGUGAAAACAUCGAUCAAUGUUUAGAGUUGAUGAGUGAAGUUGCCAGAAAAUGA